AUGCCUGUAACAGACUUCUCCACGAAGGAGAGAUACGAAUAUCUCAAUGGCUUCGGGUCUUUUCAUGAAUCAGAAGCCAUAAAGGGUGCUCUGCCCAUUGGAGCGAACUCGCCCCAAAAGGCUCCUUACGGUCUGUAUGCAGAAAAACUCUCAGGCACAGCCUUCACGGCACCCCGCCAUGAGAAUUUGCAGACAUGGCUUUAUCGCAUCAUCCCAUCAGCAUCUCAUUCAUCUUUCGAGCCUCUCCAGGAGAAUGGGCCCAAACCCGGUGGUCAGAUCCACCAAAUCCCGAACCAGCUACGUUGGGACCCGUUCGACAUCAGCAAUGAGACCGACUGGAUCAGCGGUCUGAGACCCGUCGGCGGUGCCGGUGAUCCUGCCAUGAAGACCGGCCUCGGCAUCUUCAUCUUCGCCGCCGGCAAGAGCAUGGACCCGAAGACUGCCAUGUAUUCGUCUGACGGCGACAUGUUGAUCGUUCUGCAACACGGCGUUCUGGAUAUCAAGACAGAACUUGGAAAUAUCCUGGUUCGGCCGAAUGAGAUCGUCGUCAUCCCUCGCGGGAUCAAGUACCAAGUCAACCUACCAGAAGGACCCGUGAGAGGUUACAUCCUCGAGCUUUAUCAAGGUCAUUUCGUUUUGCCUGAGCUCGGACCCAUCGGAUCAAACUGCCUGGCGAAUCCUCGUGAUUUCCAGGUCCCCGUUGCCGCCUUUGACGAGGACGACACCGAAUGGUCGAUUGUGAAUAAGUUCAACAGCGCCUUUUUCAUCGCGAAGCAGAAGCACACUCCUUUCGAUGUGGUAGCUUGGCACGGAAGGUAUUACCCAUUCAAGUACGAUCUAGGCCGGUUCUCAGUCAUUGGGAGCAUCUCAUUCGAUCACCCGGAUCCCUCCAUCUAUACAGUCCUUACCGGCCCAUCGGAUCAUCCAGGAACAGCGGUUGCCGACUUCGUCAUCUUCCCGCCCCGUUGGCUUGUGCAGGAAGACACGUUUCGUCCUCCAUGGUACCACCGGAACACCAUGUCUGAGUUCAUGGGUCUGAUCUGUGGUGACUAUGAUGCAAAGACUGGUGGGGGUUUCCGGCCUGCCGGGGCAAGCUUGCAUAACAUCAUGUCAGCUCAUGGCCCUGAUGCCAGUACCUUUGAGAGGGCAUCGAAUGCUGAGCUGAAGCCGCAGAAGAUUGGAGAAGGUAGCAUGGCCUUCAUGUUUGAGAGUUCGUUGAUGAUUGGAGUUACGGAAUGGGGUUUGGAAACAUGCCAAAAGGUUCAGAAGGGCUAUAGCGAGGAUAGCUGGCAAGGAUUGGUCAGACACUUUAAGCGACCGGAAUGA